AACGGAUUCAGCUAGCAGAACAGCGUGUUGGUAUAAGAAUGACCAGUCGAUAGCUUUCACUGCAGGUUGAGUUGAGAAAUUCGAGAGUGUUGUAUUGGUACGUGCAGUUCAGUGACUUGUUUUCUCGUGGAUAUCUUCCGUUUGAGAUUGUUUCACUCGUAAACUUUCAAAUAUGACCCUUGUCCAGCCUAGUCCAGAACUGCAAAUCAACAUCAGGAAGGAGCUGAAUGAAGAUGUGAACACCAGAGAGAGCGACCUACAACACAUCAAAGAAUGGCUUCUCAAGCAACCCCAUCUCCCAGAUACUUGGGAUGAAUCACGUUUGAUGACCUUCUUACGUGGAUGUAAAUUUUCAUUGGAAAAGUGUAAAAGGAAGCUGGACAUGUAUUUCACAAUGAGAACGGCAGUACCUGAGAUGUUUUCCAAUAGAGACAUCACCAAUCCGGAGCUGAAACUCGUAGUAGACGUGGGUCAAAUACCGCCGCUACCGGGCCUGACCCCGGAAGGCAGGAGGGUCAUUGUCCUCAGAGGCAAGACCCCCGAAGUGGAGAACUACAACAUCGCAGACAUCUGCAAGGCGGUCUUGAUGAUUGGUGACGUCCGUCUGGAGGCGGAACAGACCGGCGUCGCAGGAGACGUCUACAUUUUGGACGCCAGCGUCGCUACGGCCAACCAUUUCGGCAAGAUCAACCCGACGCUCAUCAAGAAGUUUCUGGUGAUCGUUCAAGAAGCGUACCCAGUCAAGCUCAAGGAAGUCCACGUGGUCAACGUUUCGCCUCUUGUUGACACUAUCAUCAGUUGGGUGAAGCCAUUCUUGAAAGAGAAAAUCAGAAAUCGUAUCCAUGUUCAUCCCAAUAUCGAGUCGCUAUAUGAAUUCAUACCAAAGGAUAUCUUGCCAGAUGUAUACGGUGGUACUGCUGGGGAUAUACAAAAGUUCCAUGAUGAGUGGAUGGAAAAACUGAAAGAAUACACUCCAUGGUUCAAGGAACAAGAAAGCAUUAAGGCAGAUGAAUCGAAACGUCCUGGCAAACCGACCAACUACGACGAUCUUUUUGGGUUAGAUGGAAGCUUCAGACAACUCUGUAUUGAUUAGAUAGUCCGAAUAUGAAUUUGGUUUUCAAUGACUAUUUCGUUGUUAGAUAAUUAAUUCAUAUACUGUAUAAAUAUUCAGGUUUACUCAAUAUCGUCUAUAAUGUGAUAAGUAUUAUUUUUUAUCGUCAUAUUCCAAUUCUUCAUAACUACCUUCAUAUAUAUAACUGAUGUGUUGAUUGAUA